CGCAAAGACGUAAAAGCAACAUGGCGCCUUAGUGUGCACGGUCCGUCUGUACGGCAGCAACGUUUCCCUCGUUUCUAAGCUGUGACGUUAAUUAAACAAUCGGAAUGUUUAUCUGCUCGUUUCCGGACUGCCACAAGACGUACGAUAAAGACUGGAAGCUUGAGGCACAUCUCUGUAAACACACCGGAGUGAGGCCGUUCAAGUGCGAGUUCGCUGGAUGCAGCAAAUCGUUCUGCACUAAAUCUCAUCUCACUCGUCAUGAGCACUCACACACCGGAGAGAAACCAUUCAGCUGCAGUCAGGACGGAUGCACACAAAGUUUCACCACAAACUUUAACUUGAGGAAACAUAUUUCACGCAAACACACACAGGAAGCCAAGCUCUACACUUGUUCGUUUGAAGGAUGUGACAAAAGCUUCAAGAAGAACAAUCUGCUGAAAACACAUGAAAGCACACACACACACCUGCUCCCGUAUCAAUGUACGUACGAAGGCUGUGACAGACGCUUCCCGAAUCCCAGCAAGAGAAAACGUCAUGAGAAAGUGCACAAGGGUUACACGUGUCCGGCUGAAGACUGCUCGUUCCUGGCGAAGACCUGGACUGAACUCACAAAGCACAGGAAAGAGCAUAAAGUGAGGGUGCAGUGUGACGAGUGUAAGAAGACGUUCAGGGAUCAGUGGUUCCUGAAGCAGCACCAGCGUGUUCACUCCGAGUCUCGGGUGGUGUUCGUGUGUCCCAGAGACGGAUGCGAGCGUUCGUACUCCACCGCCUUCAACCUGCAGAGCCACAUCCUGUCCUUCCACCAGCAGGAGCGAGCUUUCAGCUGCACACAUCCAGGCUGCACAAAAACCUUCUCCAUGAAGCAAAGUUUACAGCGACACUCCGUGGUUCAUGACCCCGAGAGAAAGAAACAGAAGAAACCCCGUCCAACACGUUCCCUCGCGUCUCGUCUGAGUGGCUACAAAGUGACAAAAAAACGCACGUCGGAAACCUCGGACCUCGGCGGAUCUCCCGACGCCGUGACCGGCCAAUCAGAAACGGCGGCGGUCUCAGCAGGACCCGUUAACGACGAACUAACAAACGCGGUCGUUUCCGAUGGUUGUGAAGCGGUCGGAUCGGAGCCGGUGACGUCCGAGAGUCCUGUUCUGCUCAUUUUACAGCCUCUUCUGUUGGACUGACAGUCAGAAAUCAGCCAAUGGUAUAAUAGAGCAAAGUCCAGCCAAUCAGAACUCUCAGAAUUCAUAAAGUCUCUGGCCUAUCAGAAUUCAGCCAAUCCCUCGAUACGGUCAUGACCAGCCAAUGAGAAGCCAUCAGAUCAGUAGCUGUGUUCCUGUAAACGUUUGUAACACCUGACAGUCAGAUGUCACUGUAUGUCGUCCAAUCAGAUUCCAAUAAAGCAAAAAUAAAAACAGUAAAUCAA